UUCUUCCAGUACUGCCUGUCAGGACACCCAACCUUACCAUGCAACGUGCUCAAGUUCAAGUCCACCACCAUCAUGUUGGACUGUGGCCUGGAUAUGACAUCCACCCUCAAUUUCCUCCCCCUGCCACUGGUUCAGAGCCCCAGGCUGUCCAAACUUCCUGGUUGGGUUUUGAAAGAUGGAAGCACGUUUCUGGACAAGGAGCUAAAGGAGUGCUCUGGCCACGUGUUUGUAGACUCUGUGCCUGAGUUCUGUUUACCAGAGACUGAGCUGCUUGACCUCUCCACAGUGGAUGUUAUCUUGAUCUCAAACUAUCACUGCAUGAUGGCACUGCCCUAUAUCACAGAGUACACAGGAUUCACAGGAACAGUGUAUGCCACUGAGCCCACUGUUCAAAUUGGCAGACUUCUCAUGGAAGAACUGGUGAAUUCCAUUGAACGUGUGCCAAAGGCUCAGUCUGCCUCCAUGUGGAAGAACAAGGAGGUACAGAGGUUGCUGCCUGCCCCUCUGAAGGAUGCCGUGGAGGUGUCUAUGUGGAGGAAGUGCUACACCAUGCCAGAAGUGAAUGCUGCCCUCAGUAAGAUCCAGCUGGUGGGAUAUUCUCAGAAAAUUGAGCUGUUUGGUGCUGUGCAGGUGACCCCCCUCAGCUCGGGCUACGCUCUUGGGAGUUCCAAUUGGAUUAUCCAGUCACACUAUGAAAAGGUUUCCUAUGUUUCAGGAUCUUCUUUACUUACAACACACCCUCAGCCCAUGGACCAGGCUUCUCUGAAGAACAGUGAUGUUCUCAUCCUGACAGGCCUCACACAGAUCCCCACUGCUAACCCAGAUGGCAUGGUGGGAGAGUUCUGCAGCAACCUGGCUAUGACUGUCCGGAACGGAGGAAACGUGCUGGUUCCCUGUUACCCCUCUGGAGUCAUAUAUGACCUGCUGGAGUGCCUGUACCAGUACAUUGACUCAGCUGGACUCUCCAACGUCCCCUUUUAUUUCAUCUCCCCAGUGGCCAACAGCUCCCUGGAGUUCUCCCAGAUUUUUGCUGAAUGGUUGUGUCAUAACAAACAAACAAAGGUGUAUCUUCCAGAGCCUCCUUUUCCCCAUGCUGAGCUCAUUCAGACCAACAAAUUGAAACAUUACCCCAGCAUCCAUGGAGACUUCAGCAAUGACUUCAAGCAGCCAUGUGUGGUGUUCACUGGACAUCCCUCACUUAGGUUUGGGGAUGUGGUUCAUUUCAUGGAGUUAUGGGGGAAAUCUAGCUUGAACACUGUUAUAUUCACAGAACCUGAUUUCUCUUAUCUGGAUGCCCUGGCUCCUUAUCAACCCUUGGCAAUGAAAUGUGUUUACUGUCCCAUUGACACAAGACUGAAUUUUAUUCAAGUGUCCAAAUUACUCAAAGAAGUCCAGCCCCUGCACGUGGUGUGCCCGGAGCAGUACACGCAGCCCCCUCCCAGCCAGGCCCACCGCACAGACCUGAUGGUGGACUGCCAGCCCCCUCCCAUGGCCUACCACAGGGCAGAGGUCCUCACCCUGCCCUACAAGCGCCGCUACGAGAAGAUCGAAAUCAUGCCAGAGCUUGCAGAUUCGCUGGUGCCCUUGGAGAUUAAGCCUGGUAUUUCCUUAGCAACAGUUUCUGCUGUGUUGCAUACUAAAGACAACAAGCAUGUGCUGCAGCUCCCUCCCAAACCUCCACAACCUCCCCCUGGCAAGAAGAGGAAGCGGGUGAGUGAGGACGUGCCCGAGUGCAAGCCCCUGAGGCCGCUGCUGAGCGGCUCCAUUCCCGUGGAACAGUUCGUGCAGACGCUGGAGAAGCACGGCUUCAGUGACGUGAAGGUGGAGGACACAGCCAAGGGCCACAUCGUGCUCCUGCAGGAGGCAGAGACCCUCAUCCAGCUGGAGGAGGACUCCACACACAUCAUCUGUGACAACGACGAGCCUCUGAGGGUGAAACUGCGUGACCUGGUUCUCAAGUUCCUGCAGAAGUUUUAG